AUGGCUACCGUCAACAUUCGUCGCGAUGUCACCGACCCUUUCUACCGCUACAAGAUGGAGCGCAUCCAGUCCAAGAUUGAGGGCAAGGGCAACGGCAUCAAGACCGUCAUUGUCAACUUGAGCAGCGUCGCCCAGUCGCUGGCCCGCCCUCCCGCUCACGUCAUCAAAUACUUUGGCUUUGAACUCGGCGCCCAGACCAACACUAAUCCCAAUGACGACCGUUGGAUCAUCAAUGGCGCCCACGACGCUAGCAAGCUUCAGGACUACCUCGACGGCUUCAUUACCAAGUUUGUCCUCUGCAAGAAGUGCAAGAAUCCCGAGACCGACGUGCACAUCAAGGAUGGCCACAUCACCCUUGACUGCAAGGCUUGUGGUAAGAUCUCGGAUGUCGACGCCCGCCUCAAGCUCAGCUCCUUCAUCCUGAAGAACGAGCCGAAGAAGGGCAAAAAGGACAAGUCCAACAAGAAAGCCGAGCGUCGCGCCCGCAAGGAGGCUGAGGCGAGGGGAGAGGCCGGCUCACCCGACGGUGGAAGCCCUGGCGACAGCGCCGAAGAUGGCGACGAGGGUGACUUGGCACUCGAGGCUGGUAGCGACGAUGAGUUUACACGCCAGAUCCAGGAGGGUGCUGAGGGCAUCGAUGUGGAAGAGGCCAAGGAGGUCGUGUGGCACCUCGACACAUCUGAGGAGGCUGCCAGGGCCCGUGCCCAGGACCUUCCCGACGAUCUCAAGCGUGCCCUUGUCAUUGAGGGCGAGGACGAUGGUGAAGAGGGCUCCAGCUACGACGUCUUUGGCAAAUGGAUCAUUGACACUGCUCUCGAAAAGGGCAGCGUUGACAAGCUGGACAAUGUCGAAAUCUACAUCAAGGCCAAGGAGCUGGGCAUCGAGUCGAAGCAUCGCACGUUGACUGUCAUCCCCCAGACUCUCUUCACCGAGAAGAUUGUCUCGCAGAUUGAGGGCCGUGCUCCUAUGCUCAAGAAGAUGAUCACUUCUGAGAAGCAUGAGAAGGCCUUUUUGGGUGGCACCGAGCGCUUCAUCGGUAAUGAUAAGCCUGAGCUCAUCCCUCAGAUCUCCGCCAUCCUGUUCAAGUACUACGAGAACGAUCUGAUUACCGAGGAAGUCCUCAAGAUAUGGUGCGCCAAGGCCAGCAAGAAGUACGUCGACUUGAAGGUCAGCAAGAACGUGCGCAAGUCUGCCGAGAAGUUCAAGGAGUGGCUUGAGAAUGCGGACAGCGACGAGGAGGACUCUGAGUAG